AUGACACCAGCGUUCGUGCUGCUGCUGGGUCUGGUGAGGGCUCUGGCUGUGGCGGAGCUCACCUCGGUGUCUGGGCCAUGCUCCUUCAGCAGGGACCGUUCCCUGCUGUGCGUCGGGGGCAGAGUAACACAGCUGCCUUCAGCCCUCCCCAGAAACACCAGCCACCUGGUAAUAAAGCAAACCAACUUGAGAGAACUUCUUCAAGGUGCCUUCAGAGGUUUGAAUGAGCUCAGCAAAGUUUGGAUGGUAGAGAACGUUGUGUUGAAGAAAAUAGGGGCUUCUGCAUUUGCUGACCUCCCAAAGCUGACAGAGAUAAUCAUAACCAAGUCGAAAGACCUGGCAGUCAUCUCUAAGAAGGCCUUCAAGGGGCUACCUAAGCUACAAUACCUGGAAAUCUCUAAUACAGGGCUGACUGUUGUUCCAGACUUCAGCCAGAUCUUCUCUUCAGCUCCUCGCUUCGUUCUUGACUUGCAGGACAACAUACACAUAGAGAGGAUCCCCAGGAACGCCUUCCGUGGCCUCUGCACCGACAGCAUAGAGGAAGUGCGUCUGGCCAGGAAUGGACUACGGGAGGUGGAGAGUCACGCUUUCAACGGCACCAGGCUGGACAAACUUUCUCUCAUGGGGAACCCACAGCUCUCUCACAUCCAUGGAAACGCCUUCGCGGGAGCGGUGGGGCCGGUGUCUCUCUUCAUCUCCCACACAGCAGUGAGCUCCCUCCCUGAGUCCAUCCUGUGGGGCAUCCAGGUGCUGUCCGCUGAGUCCGUGUUCACCCUGAAGGAGCUCCCCUCCCCUGAUCACUUCCCCCUGCUGUGGGAGGCCAGCCUCACCUACCCCUCCCACUGCUGUGCCUUCCAAAACAUGCCCAGGAACAGGUCCCGUAUGAACCCCCUGUGUCAGAACCUCACGAUUAAGGACGAGCCCCACUUCCACGGAGCCUUCUGCCGCAACUCCACAGAAGUCCUCUGUAGCCCCGCCCCGGACGUCUUCAGCCCCUGUGAGGACAUCAUGGAGGGGACGGCGCUCCAGGUCCUCAUCUGGCUCGUCUCCACGCUCACGCUGCUCGGCAACGCCGCUGUGCUGCUCGUGUUGCUAGGCAGCCAGUCAAAGUUGACCGUUCCUCGUUUCCUGAUGUGCCACCUGUCGUUCGCUGACCUCUGCAUGGGAGUGUACCUGAUCGUCAUAGCGACGGUGGACCUCCGUACGCGCGGGAAGUACUACAACCACGCCAUCGACUGGCAGACUGGCUUUGGCUGCAGUGCUGCAGGCUUCUUCACGGUGUUUGCCAGUGAGCUAUCUGUGUUCACGUUAACCGCCAUCACCCUCGAGCGCUGGCACACCAUCACAUACGCCUUGCGGUUGGACCGCAAGCUCCGUCUUCAACACGCGUGUGUCAUCAUGGCGGUAGGGUGGGUGUUCUCCUCGGUGGCUGCGGUGAUGCCCGCGCUGGGAAUUAGCAGCUACAGCAAGGUGAGUAUCUGCCUUCCCAUGGAUGUAGAGACAGCCCAGUCCCAGGUGUACGUGGUGUUCCUCCUCCUGCUGAAUGUGCUGGCCUUCGUCUGCGUGUGUUCCUGCUACCUGGGGAUCUAUCUGACCGUGCACAACUCCUCGUCCACCCCGGCCCGCAGCGACGCCCGUGUGGCCCAGCGCAUGGCUGUGCUGGUCUUCACAGACUUCCUCUGCAUGGCGCCCAUCUCCUUCUUCGCCAUCUCGGCUGCCCUCAAGCUGCCUCUCAUCACCGUCUCCCACUCCAAGCUCUUGCUGGUCCUCUUUUACCCAAUCAACUCCUGCGCCAACCCCUUCCUGUACGCCUUUUGCACGCGCAACUUCCGCCAGGACUUCUUUCUGCUGGCGGCGCGCUUCGGUCUGUGUACGACCCGAGCGCAGAUCUACCGGACGGAAAGUUCCUCCAUCCAGCAACCAGCCUGGAUUCCCUCGUCGAGAACCAGCCAAGGAACACUCUAUUCGCUGGUCACGAUUAGCCAUGGCCACUAG